AUGGUAGUCAGGUCCGAGGCCGCGAGAAAUGGGCACGAGUUGGCUCCCUUGAACGACGACCGCCAAACCGGGCAGAACGUAACGAUCGUGACAGGAAAUCAGAAUGCCGCUAACAACCAGCAGGAGGCGAAGGAGGAGAACAGGGCAGCAUGGAGCGGCAAAAUGCAAUUCUUUCUCAGUAUUAUCGGAUACAGCGUGGGUCUGGGAAAUAUCUGGAGGUUUCCUUACCUGUGCCAACAGAACGGAGGUGGUGCCUUUCUUAUCCCUUUCUUCGUGAUGCUCAUAUUGGAGGGUGUGCCCCUCUUUUUGAUCGAGCUGGGCCUCGGACAACGUAUGCGACAGGGUGCUCUGGGCGUUUGGAAUACUAUACACCCUUGGUUGGGCGGCAUAGGAAUUGCGUCGUGUAUAGUCACUUUUUUCGUUGCGCUUUACUACAACGUCAUCAUUACCUGGUGCUUUUACUACCUCUUCAACUCGUUAAGGGCUGUUACUGUCAAUUUCGGCCAAUUACUGCCGUGGGCAAAGUGCCCAGAAGUGAAUGGGAAGCCGAUCGAGGAGUGCGUCAAAAGCUCGGAGACCGCGUAUUUCUGGUACAGGACUACCUUGGACGCGGCGCCAUCGAUCGAUGACGGCCAGGGUCUCAAAUGGUGGAUAGUACUUUGCCUCUUGCUCAGCUGGGUCGUCGUGUUCUUCAUCGUCAUGAAGGGGAUACAGUCGUCCGGCAAAGUGGUGUAUUUCACGUCCAUGUUUCCGUACGUUGUAUUGACCAUCUUCUUCAUCCGUGGCAUAACGUUGAGGGGCGCGAGCGCAGGACUGGCGCACAUGUACACUCCCAAGGUCGAGAAACUGUUGGAGCCUACGGUCUGGCUUGACGCGGCGACCCAGGUCUUCUAUAGCUUCGGGCUGGCGUUCGGCUCCCUGAUCGCGUUUGGCAGCUACAACACACCCGACAACAACUGCGUGAGAGACGUGAUCCUGGUGAGCGUGUGCAACGCGUUUACUGCCAUUUACGCGAGCGUUGUCAUUUUCGCCAUUUUGGGGUUCAAGGCAAUGUCAAACGUGGACAAGUGCGUCGUCAGCGCGAGGGAUAUUCUGCUGGACAAUGGGUUCUUAUCUCGCGACAAUUUGACUUCCUUCAAUUUCGAAAACUACAAAUUCUUUAUGAGCACCUUCAACUCCUCGGCCAUAAACGUCACGAUGAAGCCGUGCAGUCUUAGCGAAGAGUUGGACAAUGCCGCCGAGGGCACCGGACUGGCUUUUAUCGUGUUUACACAAGCCAUCGUUGAGUUACCGGGAGCGCCAUUCUGGUCUUGCAUCUUUUUCAUGAUGCUUCUCGCUCUUGGCUUAGGCUCUCAAAUCGGAAUACUCGAAGGCAUGCUGUGUGUGAUCUUCGACAUAGAUCUCUUCAAAAGAAUAAAGAAACAAUAUAUGACAGGGGUCGUCUGUACGAUAUGUUUCUUCGUGGGGCUCAUCUUCUGUACCGGCGCGGGCGAGUACUGGCUGAAGAUGUUCGAUAGCUUCGCCGGCACCAUCGGUCUCGUCAUGGUGGCCCUCAUGGAGAUGAUCUCUGUAAUUUUCGUGUACGGCCAUGAGAAAUUCACGAAGGAUAUAGAGGAGAUGACAGGACACAGGCCAGGAGUUUACUGGCAAGUCACAUGGCGAUUUCUCGCUCCCAUUAUAAUGGUGUGCAUUCUCGUGUCUAGUGUCGCCUCCAUGUUCAUCAAGAAACCGCAAUAUUCGGCGUGGAAUGCGUCGUUGGGCAUGGCAGUGCCCACGAGUUACCCCGGCUGGGUGUUGGGGAUCGCCGCAGUUAUCAUUUUCGCUGGCAUCGCUCCGAUCCCGAUAGUUUUUCUCCUACGACGAUUCCAGUGUGUGAAACUCGACGUCGAUAUUCAUCAAGGGAGUAUUCGACGUAUCGACACCACAGUAUCUACCAAAGAGAUGAUGGGCGACGUUGACCUUGAUGAAUAUCACGAUCGACUUGAAGAUUUCCCAGAGGAGGAUGAAGAUGUUAAUAGCGACGACGAUAACAAUGCCGCACCGCCGAUGGGUAAAAUCGUCAACAAGGAAAUGCAGGGUAAAGCCUUUAAAAUGGAGGUGAUGAAUUUUUGAAGAACGCAUAAUCUCUGCGACAUCUUCCGUUUAUCCGCCAGUUGUACUGUAACGAGUGUACGCAGGGGUAGAGAGGGGGCAGCUGGGUAUCGACAGUGAUUAUACAUAUAUAAGGACCGAACAACAUGUAUCGAAAUCUGUCGAUAUUGUCGAGUGUCAAGCUCGUACCUUGCUACUGCAUGAAGAUGUAGUAAAUGCAACAUCGAUUGUUAAUUUACGGAUAUUUAUGAAAAAUUAUAUUUUAAUAGAAGAUCACAAUGAGAGACAUCCAUUUACAGAAAAAUUAAUUGUAUACAAUUAUCUAAAAUUAUAUCCAUGAUGAUGACCCAUAUAUGAAAUUUGUCUUUGUAUAAAAAAGAAUUCUAUUGAAUAAGAAAAGCAUAGUUUUAUCGAUCAAGAUUCGAAUUACGAAUUACGGGCUGUUACGAAUUUCAUCUGUAUCGAUUAUAUUUGUAUAAUAGCGUUCUCUUUGAAUGAAUAUGAAUAUAUAUAAUUACGUGCAAUUAUAUGUCUUCGUAUUAUGUACACAUACGUUGUUUUAUACAAUUACAUAUAUAAUUAUAUGACACACAGCUAUAUAUGCGGUCGUGCAGAGACAAAAUUCAUAUGUGUCAUCAUUUCUUUCCGGAUCAUAGAUAUAGUUAUAAUACAAUAUUAAGAAUAUUUGUAACAUUGCGGACAUUGCAUGUUAUUGAUAAUUUGCGUUUAAUCUUGAUUUAAAGAAUUAUUUAUCGUAGAAGGGAGGAACUCAGCUAGAUUUUCAACGAAAGUUCAUUCAAAGUUUGGUCUUUAUAUGUCUACAGUCAUUGGUGUUGUGGCCGUGGUGUCCUUAUCACAAUGUCAAAAUAUAAAAUGUGCCGACCGGUCUUUCGGUAUACAGGCUGUUUCAGGGUUAUAAGCAAGAAGCCGUCUGACUGCUACUAACACAAAACUCGCGAAAAAAAGAA